AUGGCACCACGUCCUCCCACCCCUCCGAUCGAUGGUAACACUUUACAUCACCCGAAAAGAUCUCAACAAUGGGUAACAUCUUGGAUACCGCAUCUUUCAGAUAUCGUCUAUGGAAAACUUCUUAGUACCAACAACUUUCCUAAUUGUUGUCCAGUAUCUUAUAUGGAACAUUGGAUUCAUAAAGAUAUAUCGGCGUCUUCACUCCACACUUCACCUCGUUCAACUCCCAAUAUUUUGAUUCGUUGUCAAGGUUGUGCUCAACAUUUCUCUUAUUAUGUCGGAGACAUGAGACCAAAAUGCAUUAUUCAAGUUAAGCAUAAAGACUUGAUUCUUCUUGAAGCAUUACCCAAAAAGAAAAAAGAAGACCUCUUUCCUCGUCCUAACGUUCCGAUUAAAGACUUCCAAUUACUUAAAUAUAGUCAUCCUAACUACCGCCUUAUGGCGUUUAAUGAUCAUUUAAUCCAAAGAGGUUACAACUCUACUGUGAAUUUUCGACCCAUUAAUCCCCCUAUUCAAGAUAAUUCUAAUGUUCCAAAUACUUUACGCAACAUGGAUCUAAUUACGAAAUUAUUUGAUGAUCUUAAAAUAUCAGAAGAUUUACAAGAUAUAGCUACUACGCUCGCGCCCUUCAUUGAUUUAGAAUUUUUUACUGAUGGUUCUUAUGAUUCCACUAAUUCCCAAGCAGGUUUUCCUAUGGGCUAUGGUUGGACUACUUCCAAUUUAUUCAAUAGUAACAUCACCUAUAAUGGAUCUUUACAAUUCUUUCCUUCAUCAACCAAGGCGGAAACUAUGGCUAUUUUAACGGCGUUAGUCGUGUGCCCAGAGUUUGGUAAAAUUGUCAUUCAUACUGAUUCACAAGCAGCAAUUGAUUCGUUUCAUAAAUCAAAAAAUUUACACACCAUAUCGCCGAGGCGCUUCAACAAAAUUAACAACAAUAUACUUUGGUCAUCAAUCCAUUUUACCAUAAAAUCCUUAUCAUUGAAAGUGAAACUUUUGAAGGUCAAAGCCCACUCGGGUAACCAGUUUAAUGACAUUGCGGAUAUUCAAGCCAAAUUAGGCCGCACCCAACCUAUACCUACGACAAUCAUACACGAUCACUUACCCAACCAAACUAUCACUUUAAACUGGAACAAUGAAGUACCCUGGAUAAGGAUUAUCCUCAUCAAAAUUAAUAUUUGGAAAGCUCGCAACCAGAAAUGGAAAGCUUUAAGAGACGCCUGGGGAAUCACAAAAACGUCUUUUACAAAAUAUCGGGAUAUUUUCUUGCGCAAUCAAAGAACCGCAGCUGCCCUUAAUAGGCCGGGGAGGGGAUCAUCCUGGUUCGUUGGAUUUAAAGAAGUUCGGGAUAGAUUACGUUUUGUUAUAGAGUCAUAUCGUGUUGCACAUAUUCUAGUGAGCAUAAGGAAAAAAAAAGAAAAGAAGAAGCGAGAGUAA